AUGCUCAACCCAGAUGGGAAACCCAGCGUGCCUCUUCCUAAAUUCAGCAAGCACCUCUAUGGCACUGAAAGCACUGAUGAGCAGGGCAGCGAGGGAGUGAUGCUGCGCCUUGGGCUGCACCAGCAGGUGGCGUUGGUGUCGGACGCCGCCGGGCCGCUUUGUAACUGCUCGGUUUGGGAGCUGCAUUCGGGUUCCGCCUUGCCCGGCUAUCGCGGUGGGAACACCGGCCCGCGCGGGUUGGCGCUGCUGGGAGGCGAACACCUGCUGGGAGCCCAGCUGGGCAAGAGCUACAUCAACGUGUGGGAGCUGCAGAGGAAGGAUCAACUCCAGCAGAAGAUCAUUUGCCCCGGACCAGUGACCUGCCUCACAGCUUCUCCCAACGGGCUCUACAUCCUGGCUGGUGUUGCUGAGAGCAUCUACCUGUGGGAGGUCUCCAAUGGAAAUCUCCUGGCCAUCCUGAACCGACACUACCAGGACCUCACAUGCCUCUGCUUCACUGAUGACAGCAGCCACUUUCUCUCGGGGGCAAAGGACUGCCUGGCGCUGGUGUGGAACUUGUACAGUGUUCUACAGGCAGAGCCCUCCCAGAUCCCAGACCCUCGCCACGUGUGGUCCCGACAUAGCCUCCCCAUCACAGACAUGUGCUGUGGCUUUGGAGGACCUUUGGCACGAGCUGCCACCGCAUCCCUUGACCAGACAGCAAAGCUCUGGGAAAUCUCAUCCGGGGAGCUCCUGCUUUCAGUCCUGUUUGAUGUGGGGAUCAUGGCUGUUACCCUGGACCUCUCAGAGUAUCACAUGUUCUGCGGUGGCAUGGAUGGAUCCAUAUUCCAGGUUGACCUCUGUGCCUGGCCAGUCCAGAGAGACCGGACCUUCCAGACAGAGCGGGAGAAUGGGAAGAUCUUCAAAGGGCACAGGAACCAGGUGACGUGUCUGUCCGUCUCCACGGAUGGCAGCCUGUUGCUUUCUGGCUCACACGAUGAAACGGUGCGGCUAUGGGACAUCCAGAGCAAGCAGUGCCUGAAGACGAUGAAUCACAAAGGGGCAAAGGAGGCAGCUGCGGGCAGAGGAGAAACCAGUGGCCUCCCCACAUGAUGGUGCUGGAAAUAGAUGAGAGGAACUGGACGUGGCUCAGGGCUGGAGAGGAGCGUGGCUGUGCUGGCAGGAAGGAUGCAGGGGGCUUCUCCAAGGUUUGCUUGUCCUUGGCUAGGGCAGAGCGCAGGAAGAGAGACGGGCACUGAGGAGCUGUGCUGCUGCUGGUAAUGAGCUGUGACUGCUGGGGCAAGGGCUGCUCUCUGCUACUGCAGAGCAUCUGCCACUGUGUGCGCAGGUUCUGCUGCACAGGGAGCCUGCAGACCUCUGAGCCAGUGGGCCGUGGUGGGAGCCCUGUCCCCAAAUCUCACUGGACCUCAGUUCCCUCGUCGUGCCAGCACUGUUCUUGGUGACACAGGCUGUCUCUGAGGACUGGCUCAAACGAGGCGGUGUGGGUGUGCUCCAUUUGAGUCUGUCCUGCUGGCACCUGCCUUGGAGCUGGAUUAUUUAUUCUCCCUCGGUCCCGUGCUGGCAGGACAUUACUCACUGCCCAGUGCUGAGCCGUCCCUGAUGAUUGGUUUGGAGGGGAUGAGCUGGGCUGGCUCUGCUGGAAGGGUCUGUGCCUCAGUGGUGACCAGACCUGGGGGCUCAUGAGCCAGUUCUGAGAUCUUAUCCCUGCACCUUUCUUGCUCCCUUCUUCCAAAUAACCCCCGGUGAGCCAGAGGUGGUAAUCUCACUAAUGGCUGUUUUCAUUACCAGCAGCAAACUUCUUUUUUAGGGAGGGAGCAGUUGUUUGUUCCAGCAAAGCAUUGGCAAGGAGCAGCUGGAGAGGGCAGCCUGGGACUCCUGGCUGAGCACCUUCUGGACAGAGUGUGUGGCAGAGCAUUGGUUUGCAGGCCAGGACCCAGUGUGCAAGAAAGGCUGAGCUUUGGGGCCAUCUCUGCUCUCACUUGGGCUGCUGAUCUUUCCACUUCAGAGGUGCUUCCUUAGCACAGACCCAGAGCAUCAGGCUGCUCCAGCCCCCAGGCUGGGCUUCUUCCCUGCUGUGCAGCUUUCUGUGCCUCUGGUGGCAGCCUGCCUUCGCUCAGGUGCAUCUGGAUCCUUUUAACCUUUCCCUUUGUGCGGUCGAGUUGAGGUGAGGAAGAUGGAUGGCCAGGAUUUAUGAGCAGUGCUGGAGCUCCAUUCACACACGAGCCGGGGGCUGUGGGGGGCUGAGAGCCACAGGGGCCGGAGGUCCUGCAGCCAAUGCAGGGAUAUGGGGAGAAGUGGGAAUUUGAGUGUGAGCUCGCAGCGGGGGGCGGAGGGGGCUGCUGACAGAAAGCAGCAGCCUGUGUGGGUAAGUGUAGUAAUUAAAGCGCUCGUUAGCUCUGCCAAACGAGUGCAUGUGAUAGAUCAUUACCAGGAGGCAGCAGCGUGAGCCGCAGGGGCUGACGGAUGGCUGAUGCUGCAGAGGAUGGGUGGAUCACUGUGUGUGUGGGGG